GAAAGCCGAAAGCUGUUUUGAGAGGGGAAGGGGGAAAAAAAUGAACAAUAUCUAGCUGUAGACGUUCAGCGGACGUUUUAUCCUUUUUUAGGCCUAUUCAUUUGACACGAAUACAUUCACUCAUCUGAGCCCUCUCCUGAAAAUACAAAGACUUCAAGGAAUGGAGUCGAUACCCAGUCAGCUGUCUACGGGACGAGAUGUCUGCUCUUCUCCCAACUCAAAGCAAGAACUGCAGCCUUAUUCUAGCACCAGCUCGCUGAAGCCCAAUCAAGUGAGUGAGACUGCGCUGUACGGAGUGCCCAUCGUCUCGUUGGUCAUAGAUGGUCAGGAGAGACUGUGUCUGGCGCAAAUUUCCAACACUUUGUUGAAGAACUACAGCUACAACGAAAUCCACAAUAGACGCGUGGCUCUUGGAAUUACGUGUGUGCAGUGCACACCAGUGCAGCUGGAGAUCCUGAGGCGCGCGGGGGCCAUGCCCAUCUCCUCGCGCCGCUGUGGCAUGAUCACCAAACGCGAGGCCGAGCGCCUCUGCAAGUCUUUCCUCGGGGCUCACAAUCCUCCCAAACUACCCGAGAAUUUUGCAUUCGAUGUUUCACACGAGUGCGCCUGGGGGAGCAGGGGAAGCUUCAUCCCGGCGAGGUACAACAGCUCUAGGGCGAAAUGCAUCAAGUGCACCUAUUGCAAUAUGUAUUUUUCACCCAACAAAUUCAUAUUUCAUUCUCACCGCACACCCGAGUCCAAAUACACGCAGCCGGACGCGGCCAAUUUUAAUUCGUGGAGACGCCAUCUAAAAUUGACCGAUAAAAGCUUGUCUGACGAUCUUUGUCACGCGUGGGAGGACGUUAAGGCCAUGUUUAACGGCGGGAGCCGAAAGCGGGCAAUGCCAGGGAGUGGAUCGGAAAUAUCAUCUCCACUUAAACCGCACGCCUCCGGCAACAUCACGCAGACCAGUUCCCCUGAUGUUCCACACAAAACUUUGCGCUGCGAUGACGACCGUGGUAACCUCAAUUUAAUCAACAGUGUGCGGAACUACCCGGUCAUUCCUGUGCCUAGUAAGAGUUUUGGCAUGCUCCAGAAGAUCCCACCUCCCAUCUUUCCGCAUCCGUAUACUUUCCCGGCGUUUGGACUGUGUCAAAAAAAAGAUGAUGGCGUUGGUGAACAGAAUAAGACUAGUGUACCAGGUAUGUUUUGGCCCGGGGCAAAGGACAGUCUCUAUCCGUCGUUCCCCGUUUUCUGGCCCACCACAGGAAGCCUGCCGCUCGCAUCCUAUCAACCAGCACAACCAAAACCACACACGGACCCUCUGGGUGGCAGGCAAGCCGAAACAGAGAUUUCAGAGAGCGUGAGGGGGGCAAACACACCUAGAGACAGUCUGUUCGAUAACGAGCGCUGCUCCAGCUCGCAGUCCCUCAGGAACGACGAGGACAAAUCUGGGGACGAGGCAAGGUCAACUGAGGGUCAACCAGCCACCCCCAGAAAGAUGAGCUAUAUUUCGGCCUUCAGACCAGUCGUUAAAGACGCAGAGAGUAUAGCCAAGCUCUAUGGAAACAGGGAUGCAUACAGCGGAGCCCAUUCUGGCCAUAUAUCACCGGAUUUAGUAAGUGAGAGCUCCAGCUACAGAUCUGCCUCUCCAUGUGUGGACAGUGGGGAAGAUCCAGAUGUGGACGUGGAAUCUCACAGAAUGCCAGAUGAGGAGUCGUCCAUACAACUUUCCGUGGAUGAUCGACAAAGUCCCGUGCAUGGGGAAAUCUCUUUGAACAAUCACGACGAGCACGGACACACACCGCAGCCGGACUGUGACCAGAUGCCCACUUUCAGUGACUCAGACUCCUCCGAUCACAAGCACAAGCAGGUGGCAAAGAAAAACGAUGCCAGUGUUUAUAAUGUGUACCCACAUGAAAAGGAAGGAGCAUCUCUGCAGAGCACACCGCCUUGUUCAGCCUAUAAACUUCGUUGCAGCGAACCGGAAUCAAACGAUUCACGCAUUUCAAACAACAGCCCAACAGAGGACGAUUGUGAAUCACAGAAAUCCGGUUCGGAUCAAAUUAACGUUAGCAAAGAGAACCCAAACGACGCUACAUUGAGAAGAACUGAUCAAAUAUGUCAUCUUUUCGAGAAAGACAUCGAGAAUAUGGCGAAAGAAGAGCUCCGAAAGCAACUCUUGGAGCAAGUUGAGCUAAGAAAAAAACUUGAACGGGAAUUUCAAAGCUUGAAAGAUAAUUUUCAGGAUCAAAUGAAGAGGGAACUGUCUUAUCGAGAGGAGAUGGUCCAGCAGCUGCACAUUGUAAGAGACACAUUGUGCAAUGAGUUGGAUCAGGAGAGAAAGGCUCGUUAUGCAAUUCAACAGAAGCUUAAAGAAGCUCACGACGCUCUUCACCAUUUCUCCUGCAAAAUGCUAACUCCACGGCACUGCACAGGGACCUGCACAUUCAAGCCACCCCUCUUACCACCUUAACUUCAAGUUGCGUCCCAGGAAGACACUAUAGUGCAAAACAAAGAAAACUGUGGAAAUCCCCUAAAGGAAUUCUCCAGUUGCACUGAGUUCUCUCAAAUUAUGCACAAUGAAUUCUGUCCAAGGACUGCUUAACCGCAAUCCAUCCAAAGUAUUCACUGGCACAGUGGGUUUUGCCUUGUACAGUGGAGGAAAGUGUCUAGGAAGACUUUAGGACACCAAAACUCAAUUAAACAAGCCAGAGGAUGACAAAGAAGGGUCAAAUAACUAUACUGUUACUUAUGUAAAUAUGAUUUUUUUAAAACAAUACAAAUUCUUAAAACGUGGCAAUGUGCAAUGAAUUGUAUUAUGUGAAAUUUCAUAAACUGAAAUUGUUGAUUAUCCACAUUAUUUAUGUUUAUUUACGUGUUUUUACAUGUAUACCUAACUUCACUGAUUUGCUCAUGCAAAUUAAUUGUGUAUCGUCAAUAUUACGCACUUUAGAAAAGCAACAUCUCAGACUGACCUAUUCAAACCUAAAAUGUUGUGUAAUAUCAUAUUACUGUAUAACAAACACAAAUAUGAACAAGCACUUAGCCCAUAUUACCCAAAAUAAAUAAUUCAGAAUACUAAAAAUGUUGUUAUUCCACAUCAAGUGCUUAAACUAAAAUGUCAUGUGACUUCUGGAAUGAAUUUUCGAAAAUAAAAUGAU